AUGGCCGGCGUACAGUUGCAACAGCCCAGCAUGACCGAUUAUCGACUUCACCAGCCCCCACCCGCGCGGAAGCCGGUCCCGGGAAUGCGUUCGGGCCAUUCGUUUCAGUCCUACGACGGACACCACCAACUCUCCCCCCACCCUUCGGCGGCCUCCCUGGCUCACAGUCGCAGUCGGACCUCGUCCUCGCACGUGCUGCCGUAUGUGGCUCACCACCAACAACAACAACCACAACAACAACCCUAUUCUGCCGGCCCCUCGCCCCAUCACACCAUGACCACUCCUCCCAACUACAUCCCUUCGAGGCGCCUGUCCAGUGCGACCACGUCCACAAGCUCCACCGGCAACGCGGUCGGCUCUCACCCGGUGGCUUCCGACAUUCGCAGGAGCACUUCGUCCCGAUCCGCCAAUGCCCAGCUGGGAUACGUCGCCUUGAUGCGAAGGCAGAAAGCGACAGUCUGGUGUGAUCGGGCGCAGCCCGAGGAUCCCCGCAUCCGAGCCCAGAAGCUGGUCGACAAGAAGAGAGCGUACCUUGAAGUUCACGGCGCCGGCGCCGGACGGAGUGGUACGCUUGCCAGCAACAAAACCAAGCACGGCACCAAGGGAACCACGGAGUUUUCCCCGUCGACGCUGGUCGGAGCCACCGUCCCCGUGCGGCUUAGUGCCAACGAGGUGGGAGAUGCCGACGAUGAUUCUCGCAGUGACAACGGAUUCCCGUACCGUCGCACCGGCAGCGGUCGCAGCUCUCUGGGCAGCAACCGUUAUCCCAGCGGCUACCAGCGGACGCCCCAGGGCACGAUGGGAAGCAAUGUCACUCCGCCCGGCGAAAAGUCCGACCUCCCCGGUGUGUCGGAGAACCCUCCUGCGGAGCAUCACGAGGAGGAGAAGGACGCUGCUUCGUUCAAGGACGAUGCCGCUACCACGCACAGCCGCACCAGCGAGCAGGAAGAUAAUUUCGGCAGCGUGGGCGACAUGGCAGCGCCCAGUGCAGUCACCGCCGCCGCCGAAAAAGCCAAGAAGGCGGACGAGUUGAGACGCCGCGGCAGUGUGGACGACCGGACGACAUCGAUGACCAACGUCCGUCUCUUUGUCGCGAACCCGGAUUUAAGUGAUUAA